AUGAUUUCUUCUCAAGCAGCUAUGGAAUCCUUUUUUCGACCUCACCGAUUGUAUGCCGUUGCUGGAGCUUCGGCCGACCCAACAAAGUUUGGCAAUAAGAUUUUGGCCUGGUACCUUCACCGACAACUUCCUGUGGCAGGGAUUAACCCCAAAUCCCCCACCAUUUUGGAACAGCCUACUUACUCCAGCCUUGAUUCUGUAUACUCUCAAGUAUUUGAGAAAUCCUCAACCGAUUCCGAUAAGUUUUCUUCUAUUGCCAUUUCCGUCGUCACACCGCCCAAAGCCUCGUUGGCUUUAGUGGAGCACAUCGGCCAGACUCCGGCUCUACGAAAAGCAGUUCGUGCAAUGUGGUUCCAGCCUGGAACAUUUGACGAUGCUACUUUGGAUGCAGCACAGAAUGCAGGAAUUAAAACUAUAAUUGCCCAUGAUCGAUGCGUUCUUGUUCAGGGCCAAGAAUCACUUGAUGCUGCUCGUCGCAGCUCCGCUUGGUCAGAAGAAUCAUCGAGUCCAGAAACGAAACUGUAA